GCUUACCAAAUCAGACCAUUUAGCAUUAGAAUUUGGCCAUCUUCAUUAGCUUGCUCCAUAGAGCAGAUCCCUGAGUUAUCUCCAAUUUCAUCAUAAAUGGCAAGAAAAUCCCCAAGCCAUUGGAUAAUUUCUUGCUAGUUAUUGUGAAAGACAUUGGUAAAUUGUAACUUACCCACAAGUCAACAAAAGCCUAUAUUACAGCAGAUAUUUAGGGAAAAUAAAAAGGGGGAUUCUCUAAUUUGUCAUUCUUUACCUCAUACAUAGAUCCUAUCCAAUUAUCUCUUCUCUUUUAUUCUUUAUUUGUCAUUUUCCUUUGUCCCUCCUUAUAAACAAGAAAAAGUCUUUAAACACCAUUUAUAGCUAGUUGCACUUUCAUAUCAUAUUUACAUCCACCAAAGAACCAUCUAGGUUCUAAACCAUCUCACACAAACACACAGAGAUGGCUGGGUUGCAAAGGUCUACAACAUCCUUUAGAAGACAAGGGUCUUCAGGAUUGGUCUGGAAUGACCGGUUUAUAUCAGGGGACUUGAACAAAAUGAGGACUACUCAACAAAAACAACAACAACAACAAGAGGUCGCGGAAUUUAGAGAGCUGAGGCCAUCCCGGAGUGUAGGGUCAAUUGGUUUAAUGGAACGUAGGCCAUCCACAACCACAAAAGGACAUGCAUAUCGGAAGGAUAAGGUUGUUUCAACACCAAACAAGGACCCGCCUUCUCCUAAGUUUGCAGGUUGUGGCUUUUGUGGUGCCAUAUUUGGAAAACAAGAGAUUUCCCAUCAGCCAAAAUCAAACAAGCAUAGGGCAAAGUGAACUUGUAAGGGAUUAUUGCAUGGGUGCUUUUCCAAAUUUUUUGUUUGGCGUUGUGUAAUUGUUAUGUUUAUGUAUAGUACUAGUUGAAAUACAUUGAUUACAACAAAAACUGAGUCAUAAGAAUUAAGAAAGCACAAAACCAAACAUGUCUGUGUCUUUGUUUUCUUUGUUGUUCCCCCCAGAUUUUGAUGGAAAACUUUUCUCUAUGGCAGUUUGAUCAAACAGUCUUUAUCCUGUGCUUGUGUGGAAUGUUUGUUAUGAAUGAUGUACCCCGAAUAGUAUAUGCCUCCGAAAACUGUGGGAUUUUGAGUAUUGCAAUCUCAUUUAUUCUU